AUGUCAUUUUUAAAAUUCCGGCUGCUCUUGUGGAAAAACUUUCUGAUUCAAAAACGGAAACCAAUUGCAACAUUUUUCGAGAUAGGACUUCCUACACUGUUUUCAUUUAUUCUGAUGAUUUUACGUCUGCGAGUGGUGUCCACACCUCACCCAGACGUGACUCACUUCAGUCCCUGUGACUACACGAAGCUGAGACCACAGCUGAGGGUCCCCUUCAUCCUUGCUUACAGCCCUAAAUACAAUUUGACAGACAGAAUCAUGGAAAGAGUACAAACAACACUUAAUAUGAGUAAAGAGGGAUUCCCAGAUGAGGAGACAAUGGUAAACUACAUCACGCUGGUCAACAAUUCAGAUGGUCAGAAUAUCAACAAUUCUAAGGUGUAUCUGGGAGGAGUUGUCUUUGAUCAAGCUUUGAACACUGACAAUGGAACUGCACAGCUAAAGAACAAAGCAGCCUUUAAGAUAAGACUGAGCUAUGCACCACGGAUAACCUCAGACAACAUUGGCAAGAUCUCUUUCAGCAGUGACACCUCCUGGUCAACGGACCUGAUGUUUCCUCCUUAUCAAGUUGUUGGGCCACGAGAUGGUGAAUCUCCCUGUGGCAAUAACCCUGGUUACGAGAGAGAAGGCUUUUUAGCAAUCCAGCAAGCAGUUUUUAAUUCUCUGAUGUAUGAGUACGUGAAAGGGGAAGCUCAAGAGAAAUACAAUGCUACAGGCAUUUCCUUGAUCCGACAUCCAUACCCACCAUACGUAGAAGACAACUAUGUUCUGGUUCUGCAGCAGCAGUUUCCGCUGGUGGUCAUGUUAAGCUUUGUGGUCCUAGUGCUGGGAAUAGUGCGAGAUAUUGUUCUGGAGAAAGAGCGACGACUGAAGGAAUCCAUGAAGAUGAUGGGAAUCAAUAACUGGCUGCACUGGGUGGCUUGGUUUACAAAACACUUCCUGUUUCUCCUGAUAUCAGUGACAAUCAUGACCAUCUUCUACACUGUGAAACUGGAUGCAACCAAAGGGAGUGUUGUGGCACGGACUCACCCAGCCAUUGUGUUUAUUUACCUUAUAUGCUUCUCUGUGGCCACAAUCACCUUUUGUUUUGCUGUUAGUGUUUUCUUUGCUAAAGCAAACACUGCAGCAGCUGUUGGAGGGAUUUUAUUCUUUUGCCUCUACAUUCCUUAUUUCUUUUUACAAAGAAGAUACUCUUCAUUAACCUGGAUGUCAAAAGUUGUAGCAUGCCUGGACUUCCAAGUGGCCAUGUCAUUUGGAGGAACUCUGCUGGGAAUGUUUGAGGGAGUAGGAGAAGGCAUCCACUUUGACAACUUGUCUAAAGGUGUGUCUGUAGAUGAUGGCUUCUCAAUGCUGACAGUGCUGAUCAUGUUACUGGUUGAUUCUCUCAUCCAUUGCUUCAUUGCCUGGUAUGUGGAGGCAGUCUUCCCAGGAGAGUAUGGUGUGCCACAGCCUUUCUACUUUCUUUUUCUUCCUAGCUACUGGGGCUGCUGCAGAAAACAACCAGACAAAAGAAUUUUGGAUGAAACUUCAAGCGUGGGACAGAAUCCUGCCAUGUUUGAGAAGGAACCCACAGGGGUGAAUGUAGGAAUCAAGAUUAGAAAUCUGUGUAAGGUUUAUGGUACAGGGUCAAAGAAGAAAGUAGCUGUUGCAGGCAUGACACUGAAUAUGUAUGAAGGACAAAUCACUGCACUACUUGGCCACAAUGGAGCUGGCAAGACUACCACCAUGGCUAUGCUUACAGGAUUUUAUCCUCCAACUAGUGGAACUGCCCUAGUCAAUGGCUAUGAUAUCCGCCAUGAGAUCAGUGAUGUCAGGAACAGUCUCGGCCUGUGUCCGCAACAUGACAUCUUGUUUGAUAAUCUCACAGUGGAAGAACACAUGAUAUUCUUUGGAUUGCUGAAAGGGGUUCCCAAAGCAGAUGUGAUACCACAAUGCACAGAGAUGUUGACAGACAUGGAACUCUUCCCCAAGCUGAAGGCAAAAGCAAAAACCCUGUCUGGUGGCAUGAAACGGAAACUUUCUGUCUGCAUUGCUCUUAUAGGCAAUUCCAAGGUUGUGUUUUUAGAUGAACCAACAUCUGGCCUUGACCCCAAUGCACGGCGAAACAUUUGGACUGUGCUGCAGAAAAACCGGGCAGGAAGAACAAUGGUACUCAGCACACAUUACAUGGAUGAGGCAGAUCUGCUUGGGGAUAGGAUUGCCAUUAUGGCUGAGGGCAUUGUCAAGUGUUGUGGAAGCUCGCUUUUCUUGAAAAAGAAAUAUGGUGCCGGCUAUCACAUGGUUGUGGUCAAAGAUGGGAACUGCGAUGUCAAACAGAUCAUCCAACUUGUGAAGUCCCACAUUGGCCAGGCAGAACUAGAGAGUAAUGUGGGUGCUGAACUCAGUUUCAUACUCCCCCAGAGUUGUGUGUCCAGUUUUGAGGCGCUGUUCUCUGAGCUGGAACAGAGACAGAAAGAGCUUGGGAUAAGUAGUUUUGGAGCUUCAGUUACAACAAUGGAGGAGGUUUUUCUCAAGGUUGGUGAGUCAGUGGAUGUUCUGACCGAUAAUUCUCACAAGGCCAUCAACGGGUCAGCUGGCAAUGCUCAUAGCUCUUCUGAUUCAGAUAGUACGCCUUUAUUAAGUGCUGCUCACAAAGCAUAUGGGUCAAACAAGCACAGGACGGACAAUUUGGAUUCCAGCGGUGAAAACCACUAUGGCAGACCAGCGUCAUGUGCCUUAGACUUGAGUGACUGCAGUGACAUGUCGUCUGUUGUGGGUAUGUAUUAUCUGACAAAACGGUUUUCAAAGAACUAUGGAAUGUAUUUAUACAUUCAGCAGUUCAUUGCCAUGUUUCUCAAGAGAGUUCUACACACCCUGCGCAACAAACUGGUCACGAUAACCCAGCUGGUCAUACCCCUGUUCUUCACAGUCAUGGGCAUUGUAGUACUCAAAACUCUGCCGUCUGUCAAGGACUCUCCUCCGCUGCUGCUAACAGUGGAUGACUUUGGCGGCAACUAUAUCCCCUUUGCUGCAUCACCACUAGAACCUUCCAAAAUGGCAGAGCAGUAUGCACACCAGUUUCAACAUGUGUCUGCUGCACAUGUUGUCAAUGUCAAUCAUGAACCAGGUUUUGAGAACGACACAGAUCCCGCCAGAUACCUAGCUACUAAAGGCAUGGAGAGUAUUGGAGUCUACAACUUGAAAUACAUGGUGGCUGCAGGUUUCAACAGUUCUGCACAAGAACACAGUCCUAAAGCAACAGCAUAUUAUAACAACCAAGCCUAUCAUAGUAUUGCUAUUUCACUGGGUGCCUUGUUUAAUGGCCUGCUGCAGUAUUUUAGUAAUAGCUCAGAGUACAGCUUUGAAACCAUCAACCAUCCUCUGCCGAGGCUUACUGCAAAUAAGAUUCAAGAUGAGAGGGAUGGGAAGGACUUCACUGGUUUCACCCUAGGAUUUAAUAUUACCUUCGGCAUGGCUUUUCUAGCUAGCAGCUUUGUACUUUUUCUGGUCAAGGAGCGGUCAGUUAAAGCCAAGCACAUUCAGUUUGUCAGCGGAGUUCACCCUGUCAACUUUUGGGUGUCCACCCUGUGUUGGGAUCUCAUCAACUUCCUUGUUCCAUGCCUUUGCUUGAUUGCAACCUUCUUUAUAUUUUCUAUAACCAAUUUUACAACUGGCUCACAUUCUCUGCAGGUGCUAUUACUUUUCUUAAUGUACGGGUGGGCUAUGCUGCCGUACAUGUAUUUCUUGUCUUUUGCAUUCACUGUCCCAUCAACUGCCUACGUCUGGAUCACAAUGUUUAACAUACUGACAGGUGUGGCCACAUUACUUGUGGUGGUGAUUUUGACCAUACCCCAGAUUGGACUACAAGACGUAUCAAACAUACUUGAGUGGGUCUUCUUGGCUGUGUUCCCAAACUACUGCCUCUCUCAAGGAGUGUUUGAUUUCUACCAGAACUACCAGUACCUGAAUAUUUGCAAGCUGGCCUAUGAGUACAGCGGCUUUUGUCCCAUUAUGAAGCUGACAAAUCAGACAAACCCUUGCUGUCCAGACUUUUGUGGAGACUUCUGUUUGUACUACAACCAGAACUAUCUUGGAUGGGAGCAAGGUGGAAUUGGCAGAAUGCUCGUUUUUCUGACAUUACAAGGAAUUGUUAUGUGGGUCUUCAUAUUUUCUUAUGAAUAUGGAUUGCUGCAAAAGUUUGUCUACAAAUUGUCACCAGCCAAGCAGGUCAUACCAUCAGCAGCAAUGUAUACCUCACAACUCAGCCAUAACUUACAGGUGCAUGAAGAUGAGGAUGUGGCUCAGGAGAGAUACAGAAUUGAACAUUCUGACAGAUUAGAACUGUUGAGGUCUAACAAGUUAAUCCUAGAUGGCCUAACCAAGUAUUACGGCAACAUUCGAGCUGUCGACCAUCUCAGUAUAGGUAUCCCAGCAGGGGAAUGCUUUGGUCUCCUUGGUAUCAACGGAGCUGGCAAAUCCACUACCUUUAUGAUGCUGACAGGAGACACACCAAUAAGUAGUGGAGAGGCAUAUAUAGAUUCUUGCAGUGUAAAAACUCACAAACAGAUGGCUCGCAGGAAACUAGGCUACUGCCCGCAGUUUGAUGCACUGAUAGAUCAGCUAACUGGACGAGAGAUACUGACUUUGUUUGCCCGUCUUCGGGGAAUUGUAGAGAGUGAGAUACCAGAGGCUGUCAGUGACAUGAUGGAUGCACUUACACUGAUGCCACACGCUGACAAACAGUGUCGAACAUACAGUGGAGGAAAUAAACGGAAACUGAGCACAGGCAUUGCACUUAUUGGAGAUCCAGAUGUCAUAUUCCUCGAUGAACCAACAACUGGGAUGGAUCCAGUGGCUCGCAGAAUGUUAUGGAAAGUCCUCGCUGCAGUCAGAGAUAGUGGCAGGACCCUAAUAUUGACCUCUCACAGCAUGGAAGAGUGUGAAGCUCUGUGCACUCGUCUGGCAAUCAUGGUCAAUGGUCAGUUCAAAUGUCUGGGCAGUAUCCAGCACCUCAAGAACAAAUUUGGAGAGGGCUACACUUUCACAGCCAAAGUCGCCUAUCCUCCAGAUGGCACGGAACCUGACUUAAUACCCCUGCAGAACUUCAUCAACGCAACAUUCCCUAAAAAUAAGCUGACAGAUGUCCAUGAGAAUAUGGUCAAUUAUCACAUCACAGAUACUACUCUCACCUGGGCACAGGUGUUUGGUGAGCUGGAGCGGGCAAAGGAGAAGCUGAAUAUAGAAGACUAUCUCAUUAGUCAAACGUCUCUGGAACAGGUGUUUAUUUACUUUGCUCGAAUGCAGGACUCUAGUGAAAAUUUAAACCAAGGAUCAGGGAGUAUAUGUAGGUGUUGUUUAGCCUGGGUAGGUAAACUAUGUGCCUGUGGGGAUGCAGAACAAAGCAGAACUCAUAGCAAUGAAAGAGUGCCUUCACAAAUCAGAAUAUAA